AUGACGACCACCCGACCAGCGAAAAAGGCCGGCUCCUGGUAUGAGAAGGACCCGGAAACGUUACGCCUUGAGCUACAGAGCUAUCUAAUGGCAGUCCCGGAGAGUUUGGAUGGAGUUCCAGUGCCUGUUACCGGAGCCCGUGUUAUCAUCGCCCCUCAUGCAGGAUAUGAAUUCUCUGGGCCGUGUGCAGCCUGGGCUUAUAAGACUCUCGACUUGAGCCGUGCCAAACGUGUCAUUGUCCUGGGCCCAUCUCACACUUACUACCUCGAGGGAUGUGCGGCAACCACUUUUGAGAAAUAUGCGACACCCUUUGGCGACCUGGAGAUAGACACAGAACUGGCCAGAGAGCUCGAGGAUACAGUAGCAAUGGAGCCUAUGGACAGAACGGGGGAGGUUAACGAACACUCUCUUGAGAUGCAUAUGCCGAUCCUUUACCUCCGUUGCCAGGAAACAUUUGACUCGCCUGAUAAGUUCCCCAAGAUUGUGCCCGUGCUCGUGGGAAGCAACAACAGGCGAGAGGAGAAGGCAAUAGGGCGAGCCCUAUUGCCCUACCUCAGAGAUCCUGAGAACGCCUUCAUCAUCAGCUCCGAUUUCUGUCACUGGGGCGCACAUUUCAGCUAUCUACCUUACUCACCUACGAAGAGCCCUUCUGAUCUGACACGAUUGAGAAAGGAGGAUCCCAAACCCAACGGUCCACCUAUUCAUGAGACGAUUAGAGUCAUCGACGAAGCAGCCAUGGACGCCGUCAAGAGUGGCAGCCAUGAUGCAUUCCUUGACACUCUUAAGCAAACGCGAAAUACUGUCUGUGGACGCCAUCCCAUUGGUGUCGUGAUGGCAGCUCUGGAGCUCAUCCGACAAGAGGAUGCGUUUCAAGACAAGGGGCGAUUUGAUAUUAUCAAAUAUGAUCGCAGCAACUUGGUCGAAUACCCGAGCGCCAUGAGUGUCAGUUACGUGUCUGGAUAUGCUAUUCUCUGA